AUGGAAAGUAUAACUUAUUUCUUGUGUGAUAAGCUAAUCAAGGGUCAUAUCGCUAAGCUGGCUAUAUAUCCAGAGAAUUUUCUGCCUGUCAUUCAAGCAUAUACAUACAACAUAGCAGACACCCACCGCACUACGUUGGUGAUAUUCGAUCAACGACAAGACGCGGUACUUCCAUUAACCGCUCAUGAGGACGUGAGUGUCUGUCGCGACGCCACCUACAGCCUUUCAGUGGAUGCAUCAAUGCUCUGUGCAGGUUCAGGCAUGCCAACAGGUUUUAGCUGCCCUAAAGCAGGGGAUGUGGCAGUGGCCGAGUGUUAUACAUACCUACCAUCGUAUAUUGAUGGUCGCUGUGUGGCACCCGAAGAUGCUGUGUGCCAACUCGUGAAUGGCAACACAUGGGGCUGUGUACUGCCAACCGUGGGGUGCAGUGGCGCUGUGGAGACCAAGUGCGAAUCGUGGAACUACAACAGAGAAGAUACCGUGGACCUGGAUGGCAGCGGAUCCUUUGACGGCAAUCAAGAUUAUAACUCAAGCUGGUUUGUACAAACCACUCCGCUGCGCGACUUGUAUAAAUGCGGUGAAGUACCGACGCCAGCACCCACGCUGCCUGAAGUGAUUCCCCCAACGCCAAUACCUACACCUCCGGUCACUCCUGCUCCGGUCACGCCUGCGCCGACCACACGUGCUCCAGCCACGCCUGCGCCAACCACCCGUGCUCCAGCCACGCCUGCUCCGACCACACGUCCUCCAGCUACGCCUGCUCCUACCACACGGGCUCCAGCUACGCCUGCUCCUACCACACGUGCUCCAGCCACGCCUGCUCCAACCACACGUGCUCCUACAACGCCUUCUUAUGAGCCAACGCCUGCUGCUCCGAAGCCCACGCCUGCUCCUAAGCCCACGCCUGCUCCUGAGCCCACGCCUGCUCCUGAGCCCACGCCUGCUCCUGAGCCCACGCCUGCUCCUGGGCCCACGCCUGCUCCUGAGCCCACGCCUGCUCCUGAGCACACGCCUGCACCUGAACCCACGCCUGCUCCAACCACACGUGCUCCUACAACGCCUUCUUAUGAGCCCACGCCUGCUCCUUUCACUAUUUCACCUACUCCAGAACCUACGCCACCUGCUACUACGCCGGAACCAUUUACCAACACGACUGGGACGCCAUAUGCAACACCGCCUGCUCCAAAAGGUAAUAGCUCAGUGGACGUUAGUGUAGGCGAUUAUGUGGGUGGUGACGAGAAUGAGCUGCAAAACGGCGUUGGUAGCGUUGGUGACUACGACGUCAUUCCGACAAGCACUUUGACGACCAAGUUAUCGUCUAGCACCGAAAGAAAUGCAGUAGGGCUUGAUGGUGUUGCAAUCUCCGGUAUCGUAGCCGUUGCAGCUGUCGUGGCAGUGAUUGCUGUCGUUUACCUAAAAAAACACAGAGACGCAACCAUGCGUGAACGUGGAGCGAGCACUGACUAUGGAAUGGCAUCAACCCCACCUAAUGCACAUAUGCUGCCUAUACCCAUCAUGUCUCCUGGAAGCUAUCGAGGAGGCUACACGCCGCGAAAUGGAUUGAGUCAUCAAGACUGA